AAAAAUUUACCCAUUAGCCAAUUUCAUGCCUUAUAUAUACACCAAUAUUUCUUCGUUCUUCUUUUUUUUGAUAUAGUACAUUCUUUUUUUGAGUAAACUAAAUUCUAAGGUACAAAAAGUUGCAACCAUGUCAUUCUUGCAGGCAGUACAACUUACUAUCCAAGACCAUUAUGUUAUCAUUGACAAUGGAAUACUCGAAAUGACCAUAUCGAAACCAGAUGGAAUCGUGACAAAGAUCAAGUUCAAUGGUAUAGAGAAUUUGCUUGAAGAAACAAAUGAAGAAGACAACCGAGGGUAUUGGGACCUUAAUUGGAGUGAUCCUGGAUCUACAGGAACAACCGGAUACUAUGAUAGAGUCAAAGGAACCAACUUUCAAGUUGUAGUAGAGGAUGAAGAAAUGGUGGAAGUGUCUUUCACAAGAAUAUGGAACCCCACAUCUAAAGCCAAACUUGUGCCAUUGAACAUUGAUAGAAGGUUCAUAAUGCUCCAAGGCUCAUCAGGUUUCUACUCGUAUGGUAUUUUUGAGAAGUUAAAGGAAUGGCCUGGAUUUAAUCUUCCUCAAACAAGGAUGGUUUUCAAGCUUAAUAAAAAGUGGUUUCAAUAUAUGGCAGUAGCCGAUGACAGGCAAAGAAAAAUGCCACUUCCAGAUGACAGGUUACCAGAAAGGUGUCAAGCCCUAGAUUUCCCUGAAGCAGUGCUUCUUACUAACCCAAUUGAAGAAGAAUUUAAAGGAGAGGUGGAUGACAAAUACCAAUAUUCAUGUGAAGACAAGGAUCUCCAAGUCCAUGGAUGGAUAUGCACAGAUCCACCUACCGGAUUCUGGCAAAUAACGCCCAGUGAUGAGUUCAGAACUGGUGGGCCUUUCAAGCAGAAUCUUACCUCUCAUGUUGGCCCAAUCAACCUUGCUAUGUUCAUGAGUGCACAUUAUGCUGGGGAGCACAUGGUAGCUAAAUUUGCACAAGGUGAGGCAUGGAAAAGGGUUUUCGGCCCGGUUUUUACGUACGUCAAUUGUGUACCUAAAGAAGUUGAUUGCCAAUGGUUGUGGGAUGAUGCUAAAGUCCAGGUAGUGAUUGAAACAGAAAGUUGGCCAUAUUCAUUUCCGAAUUCUGAAGAUUAUCCAACAUCUGAACAAAGGGGUAACCUCUCUGGUAGACUGUUAGUUCAUGACAGGUACUUUGAUGAUGAUUAUAACCCAGCAAAUGGAGCAUAUAUAGGCUUAGCUUCUCCUAAUGAAUCAAAAUCUUGGCAACUGGAAGGCAAGGGCUACCAAUUUUGGACAACAACAGAUGAAGAUGGUUAUUUCUUCAUAAAUGGUAUCAGAGCUAGUGAUUACAACUUGUAUGCUUGGGUUCCUGGCUUCAUAGGUGACUAUGUUUGUGACACCGAUGUUUCUGUAACUCCAGGUUGUGAGAUUGAUAUGGGGGAGCUUGUGUAUGAACCUCCAAGUGAUGGACCAAUAUUAUGGGAAAUCGGCAUUCCUGAUCGAACAGCUAGAGGGUUUUACAUCCCUGAUCCUAACCCUAAAUAUGUCAACAAACUCUUUCUUGAUCAUCCUGAUAGAUUUAGGCAAUAUGGUCUAUGGGAAAGAUAUGCAGAAUUAUAUCCUAAUGAAGAUUUGGUCUAUACAAUUGGUGAAAGUGAUUAUGAGAAAGAUUGGUUCUUUGCUCAAGUUACCAGGAAGAAAGGAAAUACAUACCAAGGAACUACAUGGCAAAUCAAGUUCAACCUAGAACAAGUGUACCAAGAUGGAGUUUAUAAACUCAGAUUGGCACUUGCAACCGCAAACCAGGCAGAAUUACAGGUUCGAGUAAACAAUCCAAAAGCAGAACCUCCAAUAUUUACAACAGGACUAAUAGGGAAAGAUAAUGCAAUUGCAAGACAUGGAAUUCAUGGGCUUUACAGGCUUUACACUGCAAACAUACAAGGAAGUAAGCUUGUUGAAGGUGAUAAUACAAUUUAUUUGACUCAAGCAAAAGGUGGUUCUCCUUUUGUAGGCAUUAUGUAUGACUACAUUCGAUUAGAAGGGCCACCAAAUUCUUAUCGAAGUUGAAGUUAUGAGGGUUAAUUUCUUUGAUUUAUAUGAACAAGAUGUAAGUAAUUAAGUAUGUAGUUUAUGUCACAUACCACAGUGAUAUAUAUGAUUUGUAUUAGGAUUAAUUUGAUGAAAUGUGUUAUGUUAUGAUUAUCAGAUGACUCAGAUGUAUUAUACAAAAACUUAUAUAUGACGGUUUUAUUAUAAGACUAACCAACUUCAUAACAAAUAGUUGAACAUUUUAAUCA